AGUCUUGAAACGCAAUUUCACAUGGCGUAAAAGCACGUUUGUUACAAUCUGACAACAAAAGCUGCAGAAGCAAGAAAUCCAAUACCAAACCUCAGCAUCUUCCCGUAGUAAUUUUCAAACUCUUCCCCGAUAAACCCUGAGGUCCAAAAUGCAAUUUGUUUGAAAAACAGGAGAGAGAGAGAGAGAGAGAGAGAGAGAGAGAGAGAGGUCAAACCAGAGAAGAUGCAGAGCACAGAACAAGAACAGAGAACGAAGAACAACGGCGCGUCGCAACCUCUGAUCUCAUCGUAAAACCCAAUUCUCAUCUCUUCAAUUUCACAUAAUCGAAAAAAAAGGAACAAAAGAAAACACCCUCUAUGAGACCAGUGUUCUUGUCCUUGUUCUUGUCCCUUCAUCUCCAUGUCCUGUUAGUCUCCUCCAUCUCUUUCACAGAGUUCGUCUUCCCCAAUUUCACCGCCUCCAAUCUCAAGUUCGUCGACAGCUCCCAGGGAGCUUUCUUGUUCUCUCGCAAUGCCACCUUCAAAGCCGGCAUGUUCAGUCCACGUGGCGACGCCCCAUCAAACUUCUACUUCUCCGUCGUCCACGUCGCUUCCGACAUAAUCAUCUGGUCGGCGAAUCGCGACUCCCCUGUUUCCAGAUCCGGGAUCAUGAAUCUUCUGCCGCAGGGAAUCUCUGUCUCCGAGGAUGAUAAAAGUCAAACAGUUUGGUCAACGCCGGUUUUGCCCUCUCCGGUGUUCGCCCUCCGACUGAUGGAUUCCGGGAAUCUGGUUCUGCUCGAUCGAUUCAACGUCUCUCUCUGGGAGAGUUUCGGGUUUCCGACUGAUACCAUCGUGGCCGGACAGAGACUUCCUGUAGGGAUGUUCCUGUCGGGAUCUGUUCAAGAUGGAAACUUUUCCACCGGAGAUCACAAGUUUUUGGUCGGAGAAUCUGAUGCUCUGUUACAGUGGAAGGGACAAACGUAUUGGAAACUAAGGAUGGACACAAGGGCUUAUGUGAAUAUGAAUUUCCCCGUCGAGUAUCUGACAAUUACAAGAAACGGUUUGGUUCUUAUGGGUCGGAACGGAACAUCUGUGAUCAUUCAGGUUGCUCUUCCACCGUCUGAUUUCCGUAUGGCGAAGAUGGAUUCUUCUGGUAAGUUCAUCAUCAGCAGAUUAUCAGGUCAGACGAUGGUGUCGGAAUUCGAAGGUCCCGCAAAUUCGUGCGAAAUCCCGUCUGUCUGCGCAGGAAUCGGAUUGUGUCACCUCGAAAACGCAUCUGAAAACCCUAUCUGUUCAUGCCCUGACGAGCUUCACUUAGAUACGGACGAGUCCACUUGUGUUCCGAACGACUACUCUCUGGCUUUACCGGUUUCUUGCGAUACAAGCAACUUAUCCUACCUCGAUAUCGUCGUCGGAGUUUCCUACCUCUCCAAUCGAUUCGUCUCUCCUGCGCAAAUGGGUUUCAACCUGACCUCCUGUCAAGAUCUUUGCAGCAGAAACUGCUCCUGCCUCGGGGUUUUCUACGAGAAUACAUCCCUUUCGUGCUAUCUGGUAAACAACGCGUUCGGUUCUAUGUCUCUUGAACAGAACUCAGCCGAUAACCAAGAUCUUGUCGGGUAUCUUAAGUUGACGAUCAAGGAACAUUCUAAGGAUCGCAGGAACGAUAUAUCUCAUAACGGAUCGGGUUUUCCAUUGAUAGCUCUUGUCCUCUUACCUUGCACAGGUUUCUUCCUUCUGAUCACCUUAGGGUUUCUCUGGUGGAGAAGAUUUGCGGUAAUGAGGUACAACAGUAUACGUGAAAAGAAAUCAUUUCAACGUGGAUCGUUCUCUUCUGGAGACCUGGGAUCGUUCCGAAUCCCGGGUUUGCCUCAGAAAUUCGAGUAUGAAACCCUCGAACGAGCCACCGAUAACUUCCGCACCCAGAUCGGGGCAGGAGGGUUCGGGUCGGUCUACAAAGGAACACUCUCGGACAACACAAUUGUUGCGGUCAAGAAGAUCACGAACCUCGGCGUCCAUGGAAGGAAAGAAUUCUGCACCGAAAUAGCAAUCAUCGGCAACAUCCGACACGCAAAUCUCGUGAAACUACGAGGGUUCUGCGCUAGGGGCCGACAGUUACUUCUGGUCUACGAAUACAUGAACCAGGGCUCACUAGACAAGACCCUCUUCGGGGCAGGUCCAGUCCUGGAAUGGCAAGAACGUUUCGAUAUCGCCUUAGGAACGGCUCGUGGUCUGGCUUAUCUCCACUGCGGAUGCGACCAGAAGAUCAUCCACUGCGAUGUCAAGCCGGAAAACAUUCUCUUACACGACCAUUUUCAGGCUAAGAUCUCGGAUUUCGGUCUGUCAAAGCUAUUAAGCCAAGAAGAAUCAAGUCUCUUCACGACAAUGAGAGGCACUCGUGGGUAUUUAGCCCCUGAAUGGCUAACGAACGCAGCCAUUUCGGAGAAAGCCGACGUUUACAGCUUCGGGAUGGUGUUGCUGGAGCUCGUGAGCGGUCGGAAAAACUGUUCUUUUAAGUCACAUAGCCACAGUUUGAUGGAGAACAGACAAGAUCAUCGUGAUCAUAGUUCAUCUUCCUCGUCGAGUACCGGUCUGGUUUAUUUCCCGCUGUACGCGUUGGAUAUGCAUGAACAGGGGAGGUAUCUGGAGCUAGCGGACCCCAGGCUUGAGGGUCGAGUGACGAACGAGGAGAUCGGGAAGGUGAUUCGGAUAGCGUUGUGCUGCGUUCAUGAGGAGCCGGCGUUGCGUCCGACAAUGGCUGCGGUAGUCGGGAUGAUGGAAGGGAAUAUUCCGGUGGGGAAUCCGAGGAUGGAAUCUUUGAACUUCUUGAGAUUCUAUGGGUUGAGAUUCGCGGAGGCUUCGAUGGUGGAGGGGCAGAUCGGAGAGAGUGGGGAUCUGGUUUUCCGGCGAGAGAGCUCCAACAGUGGCGGUUCCAGGAACUCCUUGUCUUACGUGGCGUCGCAGCAAGUGUCUGGGCCACGAUGAUUUUUUUUUUCCUCUCAAAUUUUAAAACUUUGUUUUUUUUUUGUAACUGCUGCGAUGAUUCACAUGUUGGUUGAUGGGCUUUUGUUAAUAUUUUGAUCUUGUUAGAAAAAUACAAAUAUCCAUAUCAAACUUUAUUUUUAAGUA